AUGGUCUUCCAGCCUGCUCUUACAUUCCGGUUCCAGACAGGCGAAGAUAAGGAGGACCGCAAGUUAGCGACAAACGCGAUCAAAGAACAGAUGUUGACUGAUGGAUUCGUCUUGCGUUUAAUGGAAGUAUUGGUAACUCGAUACUUCGUGCUACGGCCGUCGGACCUGCGCGAGUGGGAAGCGGAGCCAGACGAAUGGGAACGAAGAGAAGAAGAAAUCGCAGACGCAUGGGAGUUUUCUCUCCGAACAUGCUCAGAAAAAUUAUUUCUGGAUCUGGUCAUCAAUUUCAAAGAGUUGCUUGUACCACGGUUACUGCAAGUCUUCCAAGAAUACAGCAGAGUCGACAACACGGAUGUGUUGCUCAAAGACAGCCUCUACGCCGCGAUAGGGAUCGCUGCCGCUUGCUUAGACGAUGUCCUCGACUUCAAUACGUUCUUACGAUCAACACUGAUACCCGAAGUCCAACUAGUGAAGCCUGGGUACAAUCUUCUGCGUCGGAGGACUGCCGUUAUACUUGCACAAUGGGUCCCGAUAUUGCCAGAAGGUAUUGACAGGUUUGCUGUGUAUCAGAUAUUCGCAUUCUUACUCCAGCAAGGCGAUCCGCUCAAUGACAGCGUUGUUCGCGUCACGGCAGGGCGGCAGCUGCGAAUGGUUCUGGAGCCUUUCGAGUUCAAAUACGAAGACUUCGCGCCGUACGCUACGCCAAUACUCUCCAACAUCAUGCUCCUGACGUCCGAGACCGAGCUUUCGGAAACCAAAAUGGCCUUGCUCGAGACCGUUCGAGUUGCGGUCACCAAGCUUGAGGGCCAGAUCGAGCCAUAUGCUGCAGGCAUAAUGAACAUGCUGCCGCCAUUAUGGGCUCAAAGUGGAGAAGAACACCUCAUGAAGCAAGCUAUCAUUACGAUGAUCACUGCGAUUGUCAACAGUCUACGAGAGAAGAGUCUGACGUAUCACGUCGCCGUCUUAACAAUCAUCAGUGACUCUAUUCAGCCCGAGUCUGAAGCUGCAGUAUAUCUUCUAGAAGAAGCAUUGGAGCUUUGGAAUGCGAUCCUUGUGCAGACGCCAUCGCACAACCCGACGGACGAGCUGCUGGCUUUGAUGACCUCGGUGCUUCCACUACUCGACAUGGGCUCAGAAUUGCUCCAGCAACUCUUUGACAUCAUCGAGUCGUACAUCGCGCUUUCACCCUCAACUGUCCUGGCUCCAACAUUCCUUACACCCUUGGUAAUGUCUCUGAAGAGCCUCCUGCCGAUGCUAGCAUCCAGUCGAGCUCGAGAUGCGUCUCACGGACCGCAUGUGCUUGAACACCUGGCAGCCGCAAUAGCAUUGCCAGAAAACUUUAACAACGUGGUGCGAGAGCAGAUGACAGCAUCGCUAUUCACAGUGCUGGUCAGAACAGGCUACCUUGCAGAAGUCCUGCGCAUUAUCAAAGAGGCAUACGAGUACCACAAAGAUCCACGACCGAAUCGAAGACCGCCUGACGUUAUCGGCCCAGGCGAGACCAGCCUCUUCACACUCCUCUCGCGUCUGGCCCUCCUGUUCCCAUCAAUGUUCAUCGACGCCAUCAACAGCUGCUCGGACGACUCGGCCGCCUUUAAUUGGCUGGUCAUAGAAUGGAUCGGCCAUUUCGACGCCAUCGGCGACGUUCUACGCAAGAAACUGCAAGUCCUUGGCAUCACAGCACUACUCACUGCAUCAUCUCCACCACCACUUAUCCUGCUAGAGCAGCUACAGUCCCUCAUAACGAUAUGGACUGACCUAGCCACUGAGUUGGGUCAAGAAGCCGCCGAGGAGUCGCAAGGAGACUAUCUGUGGUGGUAUGAUCAGCCCUCGAAUACACCCGACUGGGAGAACGCUACGCCGGAGGAUAGGAGGAAGAGGGUGAUGAGUAACAAUGAUCCCAUCUACACUACCAAUAUCCGGCAAGUGAUUGGCGAGCGGCUAAGAUUUGUGGUUCAGAGCUGGCCCGGAGGGCAGCAAGCGUUUGAGCAGGAGUGGUUGAGUCGGAUCGAUCCAACCGUGAUGCAGUCUUUUCUGGAGUUGAAGCUUCUGUGA